UCCGCGUGUGUGGGACCGGCGCCUCCCCGCCGGGCCGUUGAGGCUCUGUGAUUGGCUGAGCAGGGAUCAGCGCGAGCCGUCUGGCACGAGAGGAACCGGUGAAAACGAACCAGUGGGGUAACUGGUGUAAAAUGGCGCUGUCUCAAGGAACAAAGAAAAAAGUUUGCUAUUACUACGAUGGUGAUGUUGGAAACUACUACUAUGGCCAAGGCCACCCCAUGAAACCCCACAGGAUCCGCAUGACACACAACCUCCUCCUCAAUUAUGGGCUGUACAGGAAAAUGGAGAUCUAUAGACCACACAAAGCCAGCGGCGAGGAGAUGACAAAGUACCACAGUGACGACUACAUCAAGUUCCUGAGGUCAAUCCGGCCGGACAACAUGUCUGAGUACAGCAAACAAAUGCAGAGAUUUAACGUUGGAGAGGACUGUCCUGUGUUUGACGGGCUCUUUGAGUUCUGCCAGCUGUCCACCGGCGGCUCUGUAGCCGGAGCAGUGAAGCUCAACAAGCAGCAGACUGACAUCGCCAUCAACUGGGCCGGCGGGCUCCAUCACGCCAAGAAGUCCGAGGCGUCCGGCUUCUGCUACGUCAACGACAUCGUGCUGGCCAUCCUGGAGCUGCUCAAGUACCACCAGAGGGUGCUGUACAUCGACAUAGACAUCCACCACGGAGACGGGGUGGAGGAGGCCUUCUACACCACAGACCGGGUCAUGACCGUCUCCUUCCACAAAUAUGGGGAAUAUUUCCCUGGCACUGGAGACCUGAGGGACAUUGGAGCAGGAAAGGGCAAAUACUACGCGGUGAACUACCCUCUGAGAGACGGCAUCGAUGAUGAGUCCUACGAAGCCAUCUUCAAGCCCAUCAUGGCGAAGGUGAUGGAGAUGUACCAGCCCAGUGCGGUGGUGCUGCAGUGUGGGGCGGACUCUCUCUCCGGGGACCGGCUGGGCUGCUUCAACCUCACCAUCAAAGGUCACGCCAAGUGUGUGGAGUACAUCAAAAGCUUCAACCUGCCCCUGCUGAUGCUGGGCGGGGGGGGCUACACCAUCCGCAACGUGGCCCGCUGCUGGACCUACGAGACGGCCGUGGCCCUGGACAGCUCCAUCCCCAACGAGCUGCCCUACAACGACUACUUUGAGUACUUUGGGCCUGACUUCAAGUUGCACAUCAGCCCUUCCAACAUGACCAACCAGAACACCGGCGAGUACCUGGAGAAGAUCAAGCAGAGGCUGUUUGAGAACCUGCGCAUGCUGCCCCACGCCCCCGGCGUCCAGAUGCAGGCCAUCCCCGAGGACGCCCCCCACCCCGACAGCGCAGACGAGGACGAGGAGGACCCCGACAAGCGAGUCUCCAUCCGGGCCCACGACAAGAGGAUCGCCUGUGAAGAGGAGUUUUCAGACUCCGAGGACGAGGCAGAGGGGCAGGGGGGGGGCCGCAGGAACGCAGCCAAUCAUAAAAAGACGAAGCGGGUGAAGAAGGAGGAGGAGAAGGAAGGAGGAGAGGAGAAGAAAGAAGUGAAGGAAGAGGAGAAAGAAGAGGAGAAGAUGGACACGUCCGGACCAAAAGAGGAGGUGAAGACCACUUAAAGCCCCGUCCAG